AGCGAAUCAUUCUUGGUGCAAAACAUUGUAUAUCUUUCCAAAAUGUGAUCACCUUGAUAAGAAUUGUUGGAACUUAAGAAUGUUCCAUGGUUUUAGAGAUUUGGCUGGACUGGCAUUCGGUAUUUUUGUCGCUGGAGUAGGAGGAAUUGCUGUAUUAAACAGGCAAAGUCACCGCAAAUUGAAUGAAGCCGAUUAUAUACAGGAACCAUUUCGUAUUCUGAUGGAGUAUCCACAUGCCGAGGAGAUCCUUGGAAAAAAUAUCAAGAAAAGGAAUUUGAACCUAUCUGACCCAUUCAACGGGAAAAAUGAUGACUUUGCACAGAUUGUAAUUCCUGUUGUUGGAUCUAAAACUCAAGGAAUGUUGUAUACAUGGUUAUCAAAUACUGCCGAGGAGAACGAUUCUGGUAAAAAAACAGAAGAGAAGUGGCGUGUGGACAGAGCAGACAUUAUGUUACCUACUCAUAAAAUACCCGUCACAUUUUAUAAACAUCCAGAAGCUGAAUAUGUUGAAGAUAUCAAAUUUGAAGAAAAAGAUUUUCAGAGAUGAUUUAAGCAAUUUGUUUAAUUUUAGAUAGUGCUAAUGUUCAAAUGUGAUUCAUUAUUAAUGUGAAAAUCAAGUGCGUGAAAUUGUUGUUGUACAUUUUUCAGGUAUUACAAAUGUUCAUGCAUUAUAAAUAAUGGAUUAUAUGAAAAUCUUUGAUAUUCAGAUUGGUAUACAUUAACAGUGACAUUAUGUCAAGUUGAGAAGCAUUGGCUAUUUAUUUAAAAUGACUUCUAUAAUUAACCAAAAAUUGAUCAUGACAAAUCAUGAAAUGGUUGGGAUACAAGAUAAAACCUGCCUAAAAUAUAAAAAAGACUGCAUUAUUUAUGAGUGAUAAAAUUGCAAAGGAUAUUUAUUUAUUUAUUGUAAAUGAUAAUGAUAAAAUGUAAAGCUA